UGUAAACAUUCUCCUUUUUGUCUCUCUCUCUCGCUCUCGCUCUGGGGUGUCUAUUUUGUUCAAAUCGAAGCAUCCUAAGCCGGGAAAACAGAGUAUUAUGUGAUCAGUUUGGUGUAUAUAGCUUCGUCUCCCUUCCCGCGCGCCUUUUCAUGCUAUCUCAACUCUCUCUUCCCUUUCAUUUUCACCCUUCUGCAGCUGCUGCUGUAAAUUUGUCCACUAGCUAGCUACCAUCAUGAAUUCAUUAGUCAAAAUAUAAAAAAGCCAGAGGGGCAGGGGAAAAAGGAAAUGUUUCCUCCCUAUGAAUGCAUCGAGAUUUUGAAGGUGGGUUUUUGAUUUGUGAGUGAGAAAAUCACGAGAUGGAAGUGGGUGGUGCGGCGAGAGGAAGAAGAUCGACGGCGGGGCGAGGAGGAGAGCAGAGAGACAGCACGGAGAAGAGGAAACCUUGCGUGGCCAUGAAAAGGGUUCAAGUUGUUUACUAUCUUACCAGGAACGGCCAACUGGAGCAUCCUCACUUCAUGGAACUCACCCACUCCCCCAAUCACCUCCUUCGCCUCAAAGGUAAAACUAGUUUAAAUGUUAUAAACUACUGGCAGAAAAAAGGUUUGAACUUGGUGAGUAAAAUAUCUUUUGGUGGAAAUGGUGGGUAUAUGGAGCAGAUUUUGUGGAUCGGCUGACCGCUCUCAGGGGGAGAGGGAUGCCUUCUCUGUAUUCAUGGUCCUGCAAAAGGACAUAUAAGAACGGUUACGUAUGGAACGAUUUGGGGGAGAACGACGCGAUUUAUCCCGCCGAUGGAGCUGCCGCCGAGUACGUUCUCAAGGGUUCCGAGAUUCUCCCUCAACCUGUUGCUGGAUUUGCUGAAAGGCUGCCGCCGCCGCCGCAGCAGCAGCAGCAGAUUCAUGAUGUGUCGUCGAGUAGAGAUGUGUUGGUUCAUAAUCAUCAGCCCAGAACCACUAAUUAUAUACCUCUUGCCAAAACAAAACAGAGGCCACAGCAGCAGCAGCCAUUGGAGUUUACAGCUCCUCUGCCUCCAAGAACUCGCCCCUGCAGCCGGGAACUCGAACCAGAACCAGAACCAGAGGAAGAGGAAGAAUCGCCAGAGGAACUCGACGAGGAGGAGAAAGCAAGUUACAGCACAACAAGCUCCACAACACCACGUUCCCGCUGCUCCAGAGGCGUCUCCACAGACGAACCAGAAGAAGAACAGCAGCAGGCGGCGAAGCAGGGGAACCAACUGGUUCCUACUCAUACCCAGAAAACCCCAUUGAUUUUAGUGAAGCGAUUUCCAGGAGGAGAACAAAGUGAUGGUGGGUCGGACUCCGACCCGGGAUCAAUCAAGGAGUCGUCAUCAUCAGCAACCAGACCAGCAGUUCGCAAUUCGGUUCUGCUUCAACUCAUUUCCUGCGGCAGCUUCACCGCCCCACCUCCUCCUAAGCUCAAGACCAACGUUGCGGCUACAAUCAAGAAACUGCCGCUGCCACCACCCGUCAUUAAAAGAGAGGUCGUUGGCAGUAGUGACGACUGUGGCGCCGGCAAUGUUAGCAGCAGAAGGAUGGGCAGUACUGGUAAUGGUGCAGGGAAGGAAGGAGAAGGAGAAGGAGAAGAAGAGGCGAUGAUGAUGAUAAAGUACAUGUCGGAGAAUCCCAGGUUCGGCAACCCUCAGUCUCAAGAAAAGGAGUUCUUCAGCGGCAGCAUUGUCGAAUCCGUUGAUCAUUCUGCUCCUCCUGGAAUUGACACCAUUAAGAGAUCCAAUUCCUACGGGGAACAACGGAGCAGCUUGAAGGAAGCAGCAGCAGCUCAUGUGGAAGAUGCAGCUGCUGAAGCAGGGGCGCAAGUGAAGAACAGGGGAGGAGGAGGAGGCAUCAAAGGGAAAUGCAUGCCUCGUUUGAGGUCCUCGAAGUGAAUGAACAGAGGAAUUUAAUGAUUAAGUGGAAAUAUGUCAAUUACUACUAGGAAGGAUAAGGACAUGGUGAUUGCUGCUUUUCCUUUAUUGCUUCUGUAUAAAAGGAUGGGUUGUUACUGGUUUUUCACCCGCCAUUGUUGUUAUUAUGACAAGUCACUGGCAGUGGCAGGCCAUUAUUAUCGUGAAAUCUCCCCUCCAACUGUCCGUUUGGGAUAAUUCUGGAAAAUUUGACUCGGUGAAUCUGGAAAGCAAAUUGUGGACAGAGAGGUGUUAGUACGUGCGUUGAGCUUGCAGGCAUAGAAGGAAGAAAGCUGAAACCCUUUUUGACUUUCCAGUUGCUGGUUUGCUUCCACGGCCAGUUUUUAGGCUUCCUUGUAGUUGUUGCCAGCGGUCUUUUUCUUGGAGCUUAGUGGGGUUGUAAACUAGAGUGAAGUCGAGUUUUAUCUAAUUGUGGCUCAACUUAUUAAUAAAUUAGAUUUUUUUUCCUGCGGUAAGAAAUUAAUUAUAG